AUGGAGUCAGAUAUCUCACAGGCCUUCCAGAAAGAACUCACCUGCUUCAUCUGCUUGAGCUGCCUGACAGACCCAGUCACCAUAAGCUGUGGCCACAGCUUCUGUCGAGCCUGCCUCCUCCUUUCCUGGGAAGACAUCCAACCUCCUGUCCAAUGUCCUAUGUGUAGGGAACCAUCACAGAAGGACUUGAGAACCAACAUUGUUCUGAAGAAGCUGGUGUCCAUUACCAGACAAACCAGCCUCCUGAAGGACCUGAGCUCUGAGGAGCAAAAGUGUGUGACCCACAAGGAUACUAAGAGGAUCUUCUGUGCUGAGAAGAGGAUCUUCCUCUGCCAACUCUGCUCUAACUCCCAUGAGAACAGAGGACACAGACACUGUCCCAUUGAAGCAGCUGCUGAGGAUCAAAUGGAAAGACUUUUGAAGCGAAUGGCAUCUUUAUGGGAGAAGGUCCAAGAAAAUCAAGAGAAUUUAGAGGUAGAAAACAGAAUGAGAACUCUUUGGAUGGACUACUUGACUUUUCGGGAAGAAAUGAUCAGGACAGAGUAUAGGAAACUACAUCCACUCCUCUGUGAAGAGGAAGAGAAACAUAUUGAGUCUAUGAGACAUGAAGGCCAAUGUGUUUUAGAGAAACUCAGGACAAGUGAAGCCACGAUGGUGCACAACAGAAAACAACUAAGAGAAACUUAUCAGGAGCUGAUGGCAAUGUCCCAGGAGCCAUAUCUGGUCUUGCUGCAGGGUUUGGACGACAUGUUCAGAAGGAGUGAGUCAAUGCAGCUGAGCAUGCCGCAAGCUAUUAAGCCAGAACUCAAUGCCCUACCCAUCACAGGACUGACUGAAAGUUACAGGAAGUUCCAAGUGCACAUUUCACUUUCAAACAUAACCAUUAUCCAUCACAAGAUAAACAUCUUUAAUGCCAUGAGAAGAUUCAGCUUCAGACAUCACCAUAAAGAUACAACUGCGGAUUCUGCUGGAUGCUAUUUUGCUUCCUGGAGAUUACAGAACUUCACCUUAGGGAAAUAUUACUGGGAGAUUGAUUUGAAGGACUCUAGGGACUGGGCUGUAGGGGUCUGUAAAGAUUCCUUGUUAAGGGAUAGAAACCAGGUGAUGGAACCUGAAGGUACAUUUCUUCUUGUGUGUGUGAAGGAGGGUAAUCACUAUAGUCUCUUCACCACAUGCCCAGUAUUCCAACACUAUAUAGAGAAGCCACUGGGCCGAGUUGGUGUGUUCCUUGAUUGUGAAGAGGGAUGUUUAAGUUUCAUUAAUAUUGCCAAGUGUUCCCUCAUACACAGGUAUCCUCCUGGCACCUUAAAAAACCCUGUCUGGCCUUACUUCUCCACGGGGGAAACCUGCAAUCCAGUACCAUAA